GCGAUGUGGCCAGAUGUGGCGUGAUGUGCCGAGAGUCCGAGACUCGAGAGCAAGUUGAAAAGUAUUGGACCAAAAUUAGUGCUGAUUAGUGCCAUUCUUUAAAACAUCAUAAAUUUAUUUUGUUUUGAUGGCUGAGCAGUCAUCAUUAUUAACAGCCUGUAUUAAAUGUUUGCCAAUUAUCAGUCUUAUCAUGUUUGUAUUUUUACAUGGUAUGAGUCUCUCCAAAGAGCAUACAUUUUCACGAAAGAUUGUUGCUGGUCUUGUAUUUAGUUGUUUUGGUGAUGCUUUAAUAAUCUGGCCAAACCUGUUCCUCGGAGGUAUGGCAAUGUUUGCCAUUGCUCAAAUAAUGUAUAUCAGUGCAUUUGGAUUUAAACCAAUAAAUCCAAAAAUCGGAGCAAUUAUAUUUGCUCUUGCGACAAUAGUUACUUACAUUUUGAUGCCAGGACUCAAUGGAGUACUUGCAAUUGGUGUGUCAAUUUAUAUAUCCUUGCUCGGAGGAAUGACAUGGAGGGCUAUUUUUCAAGGACAGCUAUAACAAAAGAGAAUGGAAUGAAGUGGACAAAACUUUGCAGUUGCAUUGGUGGAAUAUUAUUUCUAAUAUCAGAUACAAUACUUGGUUUUCAUCAUUUCUAUCA